AUUUCUCUCUCUGUCUCUCUGCAGCCGAACCUAAAACCUCUCACUCACUCCCUCUCUCUCUCUCUCUCUCUCUCUCCGUGCCCGGCCGUCACCAGCUUCGUUCAAUUCAAUAAUUGAAUUCCAAGAGCAGUAAUGAUAAAGAGGCAAUUCUACAAGCUAGAGCACGCCAAUAGAGAUGAUGCCUCAGAUUCAUCUUCGUCCUCCGACUCUGAAUUAGAGGCAGAAGCCAUAGAUGGAUCAGAGGAUGAUGCAGUUGCGGAAGUGAAAGAGGAUAAUGAAUCUUGCUCUACCUCGUCUGGAUAUAAGAGUGAGGAUAGCUCAGCAAAUGAGGUUGAUAUUGACUCGUCAGGUCUACCCAUAAGUGAUGAUGAUUCUGAAACUGGAAAUGAAAGAGAAAUCCUUACUGACAGUCAGCUGUCUGGUCAACGUGGUUCCAAAACACUGGAGACACAGUCUGAUAUCGCAGCUGAAAAGGAAUCAUUACCUGCAGAUAUUCCAGCCUGUAUAUUAAAAUGCAAAUCAGUUUUUAAGUGCAGGAUAUGCCCUAGAAUUAUCUGUUUGAAUGAGGAAACUCUAAGGGCUCAUCUUAAGUCCAAGAGACAUGCUCGAUCUGAGAAAUUACUGAAUGAAGGUAGGCUGAAGGCCAUGCUCAACAGUGAUGGGGAAAUUGAGAACCAAGAGACUGCUGCAGAGAUGAAUGCUCGAAUUUUAGCUCUUCCACUGGGUAAUAAAAAAAGGAAAAACAGAAAAAGACAGGGAGAACAAAAGAGAAAAACAAAGAAGAAAAUGGGAUAUGCUGACAACAUUGGAAAAGAAAGGGAUUCGACAAAAAGCCCAGCCAAGAAAAGGAGGAAAAAUGAGAAAUGAAGAAUGUUGUUUUGGCCGUACUGCUAGUGACAAAUUGGCUGCAAGAAAUGAAUCAAAGAAUUUUACAAUUUCUGCAGAGCUGCUCGCUCACAUUUGGCAUCCCGUGUAAGACAUUGCUUGGUUUGAUAAAUUUAUCAAGGGAAUACUUUCUCUUUUUUU